AUGAAGGUCCGCACAGGACCUUCUGGCUCCGCUAGUCAGCUGCUUACAAUACUGGACGGGCUGCACGACGCUGAGUGGCUACAAGAGGAUAUGGAUACGGCUCAUCAGCUUUGCCUUCUUCAAAGAUGUCGCCGAAAAGUUGCACCAGAAGUGGGUUCAGCUGAUAUGGACUGGCAAAUGUGUGCCGCAUCUUUUGAUGUUCCACGACCUCAGCGGAGAGCAACUGUAGGUAAACGUUGA